AUGUCUUCUCUGAUUCCUGCACGGGAUACCUACACGCUCUUGAAGCGGUUCUCCAUGCCGCACGGAAACGGUACAAUAGAUGCCGUUGCCGUGACGAGCUCGGAUGGCCUUGUACUAAUAUCGUUCUACACCAUCAUAAUGAAAGCCAUCAUCACUCAGUUUUGGAUGGGUAUUGUUCUUUUCGGCGUUGGUCUCUUCUUGCACCGAAAUUCCAGCCAUGAUUCCAACUCAUCCGAUUUAUCCGACUCAUCUGCCACAGCAACAACCAUUGGGCUCUGGAAUAUCAGGCAUUCCCCGCGACAGGUUGUGUACUAUAUGACGCAGCGUACUUUCUCCGCGAGCCCAUUUCGAGACAUCUGGUAUCCUUUGAUCUGGUUUGCGGUCGCUGCCGCCGCUCUUGCAGCAUCACUUGCCGUGCCCAUUGUGAAAACCCAGAACCUGAAAGUUGGGAUUGUCGCCCCGGUGAAUCCAGAAUCAGUGUUUGUCCCCAACUUUGAUGAUCCCAAUUCGACUGCACACGAACUCGCUCAACAACUGACUCCUACUGUACCGGCGGCGCUGCGUGCCGUUGGGGGAGCCGCCGCAAGCAUUCCACCGGAUACGGUCUACAUCUCUAAUAUCUCAACACCGUCAAGCAAUGGUACUGUUGUGCAAUUCAAUUAUACUUAUGGUAUAUCAGGUAGCGACUUUGGGUUGCAGAAGACUCCGGAUCUGUGGCUGAACGUGUCAGGAUCUUGCAUCACGGACUAUACCUGGUACGCUGGAUUCGACUCGAGCAUUAAAGCAGAUGUGUAUUACAGGUGGAACGACCCAGACAACGCAACCGACGUAUACCUUAGCUCAGAUGAUGGGCCUGCUUUUGCUUCACCUUGGUUUGGCUCUGCGUCGAGCACCGUCAAUUAUACUUUCGGCCUUAUCGUGUCUUCUCUUGGGCGGCAAUCUAUAUCUUCAUCAACAGAUCCUUGGUAUCUCACAAUUGAUCAGCAAGAUUCGAUCUGGCCUUACGAGGUCAAUGCCGGUCGACCACCCUUGUCGUGCUGGGAGACAGACGUGUGGUCGUUCCGCGGAAGUACUUCCAACGCAUCAGAAUUGAGAAAUCUCACCGAUAAUCGCCUCUCGCUUCCUAUCUCUAUUGCGCUAUCUCAGAAUUUGUUUGAGCCCAUGAUCCUAUCAACGACACAACGGUUAGGGCGAUCCAGCCUGGCAUCGUCGUUGACCGCUUAUGGAGCAGGCUUUGACGCCGCAAAAUGCAGUGUUGUCGCGGAUAUGACCCGUCUCGUCAACAGCAGCUAUAUCGCAACUCGAAAUAUUCUGUCUGACUCAACCACUAUCAGUGCAGAGGGACAAGAGGGCCUCCUAAAUACAUAUCGUGGUGACAACGGGACCAUACUUCCUGGCUCGGAUGAAUUUGUUAUUUCAAGCCCGAACAUCAUCACGCUUUCCGUGAGAAUUCUUAUCAUCGUUCCUGCGGUAUUCUUUGGAGUUCUUGUUCUUCUAGCAGUUCUGGCAUGCCUCCCUGACCCAUGGCGCUCAAGCAAGGAGCUCAAUGCCACCAGAAUCCAUGCAUUGAAGAGACAGAGUACGACGACCAAAACAAGAAAUGUCAGAGUUUCAAAAGGUAACGGAAAUGAUAAGCAAGAUGGAGGUGAUGGAACUAAGGACAAUGGCGAUGUAACAGAAGAAAGCAUGGCUAACGAUCAUCCAUACCUAGACCUUCCAAUACCCAAAUAUGCGCCGAUUGAGCUACGUCCAACACCAGGCAAAGGAUGGGGUGUUUUUGCCACCAGAAACAUCAAACGUGGAUCCCUUAUCAUGAAAGAAAAGGCUAUGUUCGUUAUCCCAAAACCGUCUGAGAGUAUCACAGAGCAAGAUAUCGAAAAGGCCAUCGAGAAGUUGAGCGUCUCACAGAUGCACAUCUUUGCUUGUCUGUCUGGAAAUAGACCACGCGAACUAUUUAAUGGUCUAAUGGACAGUGGACCGUUGGACCUUGCGGGGAUCUGGGGUAAAAAUUGCUUCUCUCUCGAGUCUGGUGUGGAGCAACGACUUUUCGGGAAGUUUGUCGUGCAGAAAAGAUGGGGUCUAUUUCCUUGCCAUUCACGUUUCAACCAUUCAUGUCAAGCAAACGCUGGUAUUCCCGAAACACCAUCAGAGUCACAAGUUGGGAAAAACUCUAUGUCUAGCUAUGCAGAAAGAGACAUCGCUGCCGGAGAAGAAAUCACGAUAUCCUACAAGAACGGCUUCCACAGUCGCACUUUGUAUGAACGUCAUCGAUUGCUUGGAUUCAGAUGUCGCUGUACUGUUUGUGAUCGAGCUACAAAAGAUAAGACAUUCAGGCAGGUCAGUGACAUGCGACGAAGGUUGAUAAGAGGAUUGAUCUAUCUUUUGGACGGCAUAGACGAGAAUAGCGAGUACGACGACAACGAUACGCACUCACGACCAGUCAUAUGUGAUCCCGCUAUGCGCAAAGCAGCGGACAAGUGCGACAUCCCCCUUAGCGCUAGACUGAUAUAUGAUCUGUUACUGGUAGCCCUCAAAGAAGCAGAAGGAACACUUGACGUGGAAGAAGCAGCCCGAACUUGGACUCACGUGUGGCGUAGGGCUUGCUCGUUCGGUACAGAAGAAAAUCGCAAGAUCGCCAGGCUUGCUGUACAGCAAAAGACAUGGACUGAGAGGCUGGGCAUGGCGUUCCAACUCGAUGGGAGAGCUGAUGCGGCUGAUUAUCUCCAUACAUUAGCCUAUCGUCGAGUGAAAGGGAUGGAAAUCUGA